UUUCUACAGGGUGUGCUUAAUUUAUAUUAGCUACUGUGCAUUGAAAACUGUUCCACGUUAAACAAACGACCAACUCCGCCUGCUCAUUUUGCUUCAUACGAAUACAUUAAAGCCACUCAUUGUCAAGCAGGCUCGUUAGCCUGCAAGCUAGCCGGUAUCAGAGCUCUGCUCAGCUGCUGUUUGUGGAAGAUGGCGGAGGGCACCGGCGGCAACGGGGGCGGCGGCAGCGGCGGCUGUGGCCUGGAUCCUGCUAGUUUGCCCCCAGGUGACCCGCAGCUCAUCGCCAUGAUCGUAGAGCACCUGAAGAGCCGAGGACUUUUUGACGAGUUCCGACGCGACUGUCUGGCGGACGUUGACACCAAGCCUGCCUAUCAGAAUCUUCGUCAGAAGGUUGACAACUUUGUGACAUCGCACCUGAGCACUCAGGAGUGGAAGCCGUCCAUCAACAAGAACCAGAUGAGGAAUGGACUCCGGCAAAGUGUAGUCCAGUCUGGCAUGUUGGAGUCGGGGGUGGACCGGAUCAUCACUCAGGUGGUGGACCCUAAGAUGAACCACACCUUCAGACCAAACAUUGAGACAGCUAUCCAUGACUUUCUGUCUGGGGAUAAAAGGGAUGACAAUGCUGUCACUUCUGAGCCGCCGGAACCGUCUGACGGACCCAAAAGCAACCGCAGCUCGGCCGGACUGUGGAGCUGGACCCGCCAGGGACCAGGAUCUGGAUUUGACAGGACUAGGACGCCCGACAUGGCCACGCAUGUACAUUUGCUGCUUCUUCAACUCGUUCUUUUGGUUCUGCUGUCGCACGUCCGAGCUUCUGACCCACCACGUGACGUCACGGACAAACACACGGCCAAAAGGCGCCAGCUGUCCCUGCAGAGCACAGCGGACAUCCAGAACUGCCUGGCAACCUCCGGGGACGCCGGCUGUGGGACGUUUCAGUGCUUCAAUAACUCAUGCCAGCUGGACGGCCUGCAUCUCAUCUGCGUCACGUUGCUGCAGCACGCCGGACGAUACGACGCGCAGGGCAAGUGGCAGGUGAAGGAGUCCCUCCGUUGCCUGUCUUCGGGGGUGCGACAGCGUCUGAGUUGCGUAAGCCGUCGCUGUACGGCCAUCAGGGAUUUGCUGUCCUCUCUACAGAAGGAAUGUUUCACCAAACACCAGCUGUGUCUUGCUGUACGGGACCACGAGGACACCCUGGGAAGCCUGGUCCACUUCCGCCUACUCUUCCCGCCUGGGCCGCACGCCGAGUUCAUCAACUUCCUGUUGACGUGCGGUGACAAUGUUGGCCUUUGGGUGCAACGCCGCCUGCGUCUGCAAUGCCAAGAGAACUGGGGGGCCCUGUGUGGCAGCCUGGGUGUAACAUGCACCCCCAAAGUGACCAACACCACCACCAGCGCGCCAACCACGGCCGGACAACUAUCACCCGAAGAUGUCAGCGCCACUACUGAUGUUACUCAACACUAACAGUGACUUUUACUUGUACUGCUAUAGAAACAGCUACCUCAAACUUUGAGUGAAAUUUCAAGACUAUUUUUGUGACCUUGUUUCAACUUUUGAUUAGCCAGUUGUUAAAGUUUGUUAAAGUUCACAGAAAGUUUGCAGCUGAUUGUUAUGAAAAGUUGAAAAGGUCCAAUCUAGUUGACAUGUGGAUUUUAGGUUCAGACAAAAAUUUUGAAUCACAAAAAAAUAUGACAUCUUUGGAGUGCAGCUCCUAAACACUUCUUUUAUUGUAUUAUUUAUAAGUAUGUUAUGUACAUUUUGUUUUAAACAUGAAAUGUUUUUCAAUUGAGGAGGUGCUGCUUGACCAGAAUGUUUUUUUUUUAAAUUGAAUGUCCUCAGUGUUUUGCUCAAUAGUGAACCGCAUGCAACACGUCACCUUUGCUCAUUAAUAUUCAUGACGUGAGCAACUGUUGCUCAGGGGGGUCAACUAUCAAUUUAUUUACACUUCCGCCUUACUAAAACAACAGUGGCAGUCAGAUACCAUUUUAAUUUUUUUAGGUCAUUUCUUGCCAGACAGAAGCAGCAUGGCAAAAUGCCACACUAGAAAAUAAGUAAAAAUAUCAAAGUUGAGGUGGUUGCAGCUCAACGUUGCAUUCGUAGGAAGAAUUGACGGAGAAUUAGUUGUCUUUUAGCCAAAACUUGGCAUGUUUAAUUUCCAUCGACAUGCAGAUACAUCCUCUCUCAUUGCUGUCUUCACAGGCAAUCCCACAAAUCAAAGUAAUGAAAGUCAUACACAAAGUAAUAAAAGUAGCACUUUAGACAAUUAUGUCCCAUCCUGCCAUCUUGUGGCGAAAAGAUAAUAUGUCAAUAAUAACAAGCUAUAAGAACAUUAUUUCAACAUCAACUGAGGACACAUUUAUGAAUACAAAACGUUUCCUCCACCAUUUCUCUUAACAGCUGGCAAUGGAAGUGGAUUGUCAUCUGUAGGACCAUGGCCCCCAACAAAAUGUUUACUGCAUAUGAAGGUGAAUGUUUCACCUUGCUGCCGUUAAACUGGUCUUUUGGACGUCUGCACAAGUUGAUCCAUUGUUCACAUUUUUUUCCCCUCUGAGUUUUUGGCUUCAGGAAACUUAUGAAGAAAAUAUCCUUCAUAUGUCAUAAUGUGAAGAGUCGUUUCUACAAGUUCCAUAGCAGUAGUGUUUACUCGGCAUGUUCUCUUUUGUAAGAUUGCCGGCAGAAAACAAGCAGCACGAGCAUGGGCUGUAUGCGAGCGCGCUUACCUAUUGACCCCAUUCUGGUUUAUGAUGGUGAUGUCUUGUGGUCUAAGAAUAGCAUUCGUGCGGUACGCUAUUUUCAAUGUUGACUUUUUAUUUUUUUAAAUAGUUUAAUAAUAAAUCAGUAACAGAGUGCUUUACUCUUUUGUAGUACUGAUGGUCAUUUAAUUUUUAACUUGGGAUCGCUAUCAGUAAGUAAAAAAAACAAGUUGAUACAUUUUCAAAACCAAGUCAUUUUCAUAUCUAUUUUGUUUUAACAACAUUUGUUUCAACUGAAAAGUAGAGUUUUUAUUUUAAAUGUAUCUGUAUUUACUUUAUACACCGGGUGCACACAUAAUAAUGUUCUUGGCUUUGUUGGAUUUUUAAUCUUUAACAUUGAGCAUCAAGAAUCAUUACUGUAAUAGAUUUUCUUCAAUAUACAAUUAGAGAAUUAGAGCAAUGACAUCAUUAACAGAACCAGAGUAGUGUUCGAAAACGUAUGAAUGAUUGAGGCAAAACAGUCUUUUUUAUUUUUUUUUGCAAUCUUUCAAUCAUUUCCACAGUAUUUUUUUA